AUGGAGCAUGUUCUUUUUCAGUGCUCUUUUGAAGCUCGUGCGUGGCUGUGGAUUUCGAAUACUUUUGGUUUAACAGCUAACUUUGAGCUUGUUGUGUCCUUCAGGGCAGCUAAGAGUAGAAUUAAAAUUGUUCUUGAUAUGUGGUUAGUAGAAAAUUUGGUUUUCAGGUCAGAACUGUGGGCUAUGCGCAACAAUUAUGUCUUUGAUCGUAAGAAAAUGAACUGGAAUAUUUUCUACAAGCGUGUUCUAAAUCUGAUUCAAGACUAUUCACUCCGGCUUAAGGGAGAUAUGAAGAACUGUGCGGAAGAUAUUGUGCUGCUUGAUUAUUUUCGAGUAGCCCAUAGAAGGGUAAAGCAUCAGGAUCCUGUUGAAUUUUUUUGGAAUCCUCCUGAAGAUAAUGAACUUCAGAUCUGCUGUGACGGGGCGGAGAAAGGAAUUCCAGGCAUUGCUGGUGCUGGGGUGGUGGCUAGAGACGCGCAUUGUUCAGUACUUGGACCUAUGAGUAUUGGACUUGGAGUUACUACAAAUUACUUGGCAGAGUUAUAUGGAAUUCUAAUUGGUUUGGAAUGGGCUAUGCAAAGGGGUUUUGAUCCUCAUGAACUCGCUAUGUGGGCUAAGAACAACAAUUCUACCAUGUACUGGUCUGCCCCUCCUGUUUGGCUUCUACCAACAGUUGAGGAGGACCAUUAG